CUGUCUCAAAAACUUCAGUAAUGACUAUUCUCCCUGUCGCGUGGGUGAGGAUAAAAUCAGAACAAGAUCUUCGCAAGCCACAAGCUGGUUCCAUUCGUCGUGAACAUCAUCGUCUUUCUCAAAGUUUUGACGUCGCAGACAUCACGAAGCUCCAGCACCUUAUCAACCACGUUUGACAUCGCGACCCCAUCUGAUCUCUUUCACGAUGGCUUCAUCAUCAACACCGCUGGACGCCUCGAGCUUGGAGCAUAACCCAAUACAGUACACGACGAGUAAGAGCUCAACCGGAUCAGACUCGACCAUCGACUCGGAGUCAGAGCCAGUAUCCGCAUCACCGGCUUUGCAAGAGAAUCCAUUCAGGACUGCAUUCGACACACCGCAGUCAAGUGUGGUCAACGUUGUCCUCAGAAGGGCAGCACAGCAAGCGAGAGCGACAAAGUUCGUGGAGUGUGACUGUGUGAAUGGUGGGCUCUGCGUGGGCGCAGGAGAUGGAGCGACAUGCGACUGUGACGUGGUUCCUCCUCAGGUACCAGACACAAAGACCAAAGCAGAAAAGGUCAAGCGGUUCGGGAAGAAGGCCAAAUCCAGUAUCUCCAAAGCUCUAAAGAAGAUGAGAAGCGCUGUUACCUCACAUAUGGUCAACAUCUUGAUGAAGCGCAGGAAGCGAAGAGGCAGAGCUGAAGCGGAGGAACGGGUGGUCGGUGUCUUCGGCGGCACAAGCCUACGGGCACCUCUUACUCGCCUAACAACAACACCCAUCUCCCGCCGUCACCUCAGCGCAUACGGCUAUGAGCAAGCAAAAGCACUAGCCUUCACCAACUACGGCGAACCCAAAGAUGUUCUUAGACUACACGGCCACAGCAUCUCGCCAGCCCACAAGGAUCUCGUAACCCUCCGCUUCCUCGCCUCCCCCAUCAACCCAGCAGACAUCAACCAGAUCCAAGGCGUCUACCCCAGCAAACCGAACUUCAGCACCACCCUCGGAGCCCCCGAACCCACCGCCGUAGGAGGCAAUGAAGGUGUCGCCGAGAUCCUCUCCGCCGGUGGCAGCGUCAAAGGCUUCCAAAAAGGCGAUUGGGUCAUUAUGCGCUCGCCCGGCUUCGGCACCUGGCGCACCCACGCCCAGACUACCACCGAGAACCUCCUCAAGAUUGAAGACAAAUCAGGCCUUACACCUCUUCAAGCCGGCACCGUCAGCGUAAAUCCCUGCACAGCCUACCGCAUGCUCAGAGACUUUGUGGCCCUCAAAGAAGGAGACUGGUUUAUUCAGAACGGCGCAAACUCCGGUGUGGGUAGAGCAGCAAUCCAACUCGCAAAACUCUGGGGCUACCGCAGUAUCAACAUCAUUCGUCCCCGCUCAGAUGCCUCGGCCACAGAAGCAAUGAAGCAAGAAUUGAAAGACCUCGGUGCAGAUAUCGUCCUCACCGACGCCGAAGCAAUGGAUAAAUCCUUCCGCGACGUCGUCAAACAAGCCACAAACGGAGGUCGUGAAGAAAUCCACCUGGCUCUCAACUGCGUGGGUGGUAAACUCGUCAACUCCAUGGCCAAGAUCCUGGCAGAAAACUCGCAUAUCGUUACCUAUGGCGCCAUGUCCCGCGAACCGGUCACCGUUCCUGCUGGUCUCCAGAUUUUCAAGAACAUUUCCUAUGACGGCUUUUGGGUGAGCAGAUGGAGUGAUGCGAACCCGGCGGAUAAGAAAAAGACUGUGGAACAUGUUUUGGAUCUUGUCAGGGAGGGCAAGUUCAAGGAUACACCAUUUGAUGAAGUCAAGUGGGAGUGGGAGACCAAGGGUGAUGAGUUGAUCAAGGCUGUCCAAGGCACAUUGCAAGGCUUCAGAUCUGGCAAGGGUGUCUUUGUGUUUGGCAAGACCUAG